AACAUCAGACUGGGUAUUUAAAGCAGCUUUGUUUCUGGUGUCUCAUUAACACAAGUCCAGCUUCAAGCCAUGUUUGUUCUGGGUCUGCUCACCUGUAUUGUGCUGAGAGCAUUCAGUGCUCAGGCAAAAGUGGUCAGGACCUUUGAUGAGUGCAAACAGUUUUUCUACAAAGAGACAGCACCAAGAGGGAUGGAUCAGAAUACCAAGAUAAUCUGUCAGAUGUACGAACAAGGAGGCUCUUAUUACGCUACACUAUACUACUCAGACCAUCACAGGAUUCCUCUCUACAGUGCCUACACAUUUGACAGUUCAUGCUCAAGUGCCACUGGGAGGACAGACGACUGGCACAUCGAGCCUCAGAUUUCCCAACCUCGAUCCCAAAUUGACCAUAUGGUCCUUGAGAAGGAUUCUAAUAAAGACAUUAUUAAAAGAAAUCAAGCCAUCAGCAAAGACUACACCGACACCGGAUAUGAUCGUGGACACCUGAACCCCAACAGCUUCCAAUGCAAUGAAGGCCGUUUGGCAACAUUCACACUGACCAAUGCAGCACCUAUGGAUGCGUGUUUCAACCGUGUCCACUGGAAGAACUGGGAGACCACUUUGAGGAGUUUUUUAAAACCUAUGCUUGUUAAUCAUGAUGCUACAGCCUACAUUGUCACUGGUACGGUACCUGAUGCGAAUCUACGAAUACCACAAAGGGGAAUCUCUGAAGAACCUGAAAGGGUGACGGUGCCCUCUCACAUCUGGACGGCUGUCUGUUAUAAGCACCCUGAUGACAGAAAGUCUUUCUCCUUCGGCUAUAUGGGGAAAAACCAGCCGGAAGGUGACAUAAGUCUGAUGACCAUCUCAAACCUGAAUAAUCGACUUGGUGAACUCUAUAGUGAGCAGUCAAAAACGUAUCGGUUAAUUAAGAUUUUUGAUGGUGAUUGUUUUGGUGACAGUAAUAAAUUAAUCAUGGUCCAGAACGCAUUUCAGAAAUUAAUUAAUCUAGCCGUGUACCGAGGGGUCCAAAUGAGCUCAGGCAUACAAACUAUGUAUCGCGCAGUGAAAAGGACCGUCAGCAGUGACAGCAUACCUGAAAAGAAAGUCAAGGUGAGUGAGAUGACAGUAAAAUUAGCUUUUGACAGCAUGAGCACUUACUACACUGUAGUAGAGGAUCUGAAGGCUUUUGCUGGAAGUGCUUGCCUUAUAACUCAUGCAAAGCCACUGUUAAGGAAAAUUGUGCAUGAUGAGCUCAGAAAAAGGGAGGUAUCUGAGGGGAGAGAUGCUGUCGAAUGCCUGCUGGUCCCAGAGAAGCAGAAGACUGCAGCUGAUGGAUCGCCCUGCACGAGUGUCACUGAGUUUAUUUACAGCUGCCAAUGCAAAUCAGGAAGUCAAACUAAGCCCUGUUGCUCAUCUCCCUGCCUGUACCAGGACAAUCUCAAUUCCUACAGGUGUUACUCAGGCCAGACGCAGAUAGAGUGCUCACCCCGGUACUCAGUUGUCACGGCUUAUGGAGAAAGAUGCUUGGAUGAUCACCCCUGCGGCACAUACGGCAAAGACUACUACUGGUGCUGGACCAAUUAUGAUCUACUUUAUGGCUUCAAGUGGGAUUACUGCAGCCCUCCUCUGUGGAGAAGUAAGGCUAAAAAUGGGAAGUACUGCCGCAGCAACCAUGCCUGUGCCUACUAUGGUUCAGAUUAUAGGUGGUGCUACACGGAUGAUAAAAACAAUUACGAUCAAUGCUGUAUUUCUGAUGACUGCUUCUCCACUGUGACUGAUAAAACAUGCAGGUCUGAUCACUCAUGUGGCUACCAUGGCGAAACAUACCUGUGGUGCUAUACAGAUUAUAAAAACAACUAUGAUUAUUGUUGCAAAAAUUGUAACUAGUUUACAAAGUUUAUUACAAUUUUUUCUAACACAGAACUUUCUAAAGUUGAUUGUGAUUGUAAUUGGAGCCCUUACUAACCUAGAAACUCUUUCUAACAUUAAAAAAAGACUCCUAUGUGCUUUUGAAAUUAACAGCAGCCUUAAAUGUAUUUUCAUGCUAAUUUGUAUGCAAAAAAAAAAAUCUCAAUAAAAAAACAUAUGAAUCUA